AUGGCCGAAGUCAUAGGCCUCGCAGCUAGCAUCAUCCAGAUCGCAGGCGCUGGUGCCAAGCUCAGCGUCGCAUUGUACAACUUCACGAACUCAGCCGCGCGGGCAGACCAAGACGUCAAGGACAUUGCCGACGAUGUAGAGCUCACAUCGAAUGCGCUCGAAAGCGUUGGCAGGGUGUUUGAGUCCGAGGAGGCCGGAUCCAUCGUGUCGAAGAAGGCUAUCCAGGACGCUAACAACAUCAUCAAAAAGUGCCAAAGCGUCUUCGACGAAGUAUCAGAGAUAGUAGAGAAGAGGAGAAAGACUGCAAAGGAUGGAAAGAAAAGCUUGAGCGCGAUGGGUAAGCUGGCCUGGCCGAUGAAGGAACAGCGGGUCGAAUUGAACCGAAGGAGGCUCGAGAGUUUGAAGAACAGUCUUGUGCUUUUGCUACAUGUUCUGCAAUUGGCCCAAGGCCAGGCGCGAGGAAGAAUGGAGAAAGGUGUCUUGGAAGAAGAGCGUGACAAGAUCCGCGAGUUGCACCAACGACAGCAGGACUCACUCAAAAGUCUGCAAGCCCUCGAGAAUAGAUUCUGCCAUGUCGCACUCGGUGACGAAGAGACUCUCCGAAGAUCAAGCAUCGCCUCCCGUGUUCCAACCUUGGAGCUUAUGACCAGCGCUCCCGUCAUGGAGCUUCCUCCGCUAGAGAAGCGCUCAAAGCCUCAGAAAGACACCAUUACCAUCGACCUUUCAACCGCAGAUGAUUCAGACACUUCUGAUAGCGACGCUACGAUGUCAGGUGAUGACAAUGAGGAGCAGAUCUCGACCGAAGAACUGGCAAAAGCAGCGGACCAUGUGAAGAAACUUCUGAAGCGCAUCACAAUGCUACAAAAGAACUUCGAUGUCGACAAGAAGAAACAUCGGAAGCGACACGUGCACAAGAUGUAUCAACGCUUCUGCCGAAAGUUCGAAUCAGGUAUCAAGCUUCCGUCAGCUGCUGACUUUGGAAAGGUUUCUCCAUUCAUCGACUUCAAUAUGGACGAUGACGGAGGCCAAUUGGAGAGCUUUGACUUUGACAGCUUUCUUCACGUUCAGGAUAAGGACACGCAGUUUCCAUUGGAUGAUUUCUAUUUCAGCCAAGAGCAGCGUUCAGUGCCUCAGCAAACAACCAAUCUCGAUGCCCUAUCGUCGACGCAGAGCCCACAGCACCCGCCUCUUCUGUCCCAUGAAUCUGUGGAAACGGUUCCAUCAUUUGAUGCGCAAACGCCCCAUAAUCCUCCAGUGCCGAGUGGAAGUACAGCCUCAGACUUUCCGUUGGAUCUGUCUGGUCAGCAACAACGACCUAGUCUUGGUCAAGGACAGUCAGCACUGGCUCAGCAGCCUCCUGAAGCAUUAUCGCAGACGUGGGCGCAGAUUCAGAGGCAGGCGCAAUACAUGGCUCAACAACAGGCUCAAGCGCAGCACCAACAAGCUCAUUGGCAGCACCAACAAGCUCAUUCGCAAGCUUCAAUGCAGCCAAUGUCAGGGAUGGUUCAAAGCCUGCGUAGUCCUGCUAUGCUCAUGCUCAACAGGCCCAUGCUACCACCAGUCUCUACUUCUAAUCCUUCUAUGCCUACUUACAGCAGACCUGUGAUUCCUGAGAUAUCUCAGUCAUCACAAAGCGGUGUCGAAAGCUCGCUGCAUAACCAGUCUCCCACGCUGACCGCAGAUUCGACACUCUUACCACAACCGCCGAGCCCUACCACUGCCCUGCGAGACUAUCAAUAUCAGUUGAUGUUCUUGGAUUGUCGAAAAAGGAAAAGGAAACCACUUUUGGAACGAGAACAAGAUGGCACCAGCCAAUCGAUGACGGAUAAUUCGAUGACAGAAAAUAUCACUUCUCAGCCUGAAAGCAGUGCGAGACAAGAUGCGCACGCAUCUCCACGCGUGUCAGGUUGGCCGAGUGCAGGCUCUGGGAAGGUAUGGGAACCGUACAAUCUCAGGUUAUCCUCUUCGAGUGGAUAUGCGAGGCUUCCUGCGCGACCCGACCUCUCUGUGCUUAGCAACCUGUCUCACCAAGCCCGCACGCCUUCGAACGCGUCCAUGAUAGACCCAUACCCAUCACGGUUGCCGGAUGAUGGAACGGAGCAGGACGAUGGCCAGCGUUCGUCAAGGAAAAGACGGCGUUUGGUGAAAGAUGAGGAUGAGCCCUGUACCAAGGAUGCUGCUGACCUAGUGUUGAAGCUCGAGGAGAAUGAGGAGAUGAGGGAGACCGAACCGGCCUCGAGUCCAGUGGACAGAGACAUCGUCGACGUGCUACUCGAUGAAUGGACGGUACCCGUGUAUUGA